GAGAGGAGAGGGGGAUGAUUCCUUGAGUAAGCCAAACACUUCUGGAGAACUCACCAUGGGCCAAUUUCUAUUUCUCCUUGCUCUUUUCACUUACUGCUCAGGUGUCACUUCCCAGUCAGCUUGGACUCAGCCUGCCUCUGAGUCGGCGGCCCCGGGACAAACAGCUAAACUCUCCUGCACAACUAGUGAUACUGGGGAUGCUGUUCGCUGGUUUCAACAGAGAUCAGGGCAGGCCCCUCGCUUUGUGCAGUAUGAGGGUGGCAGCAGGGGAGAAGGGAUCCCAGAUCGAUUCACGGCUUCUCGCUCUGGGAACAUUGGCUAUUUAACCAUCACCAACGUCCAGGCUGAAGAUGAGGCUGUUUAUUACUGCGGUAGGUGGAAUACGGCUGGCAACGUGUUCCACGGUGGUGUCAUCUGCCAGUCAAUUUGCACUCAGCCCGCCUCUGAGUCUGUGGCGCCGGGUCAAACGAUUAAACUCUCCUGCACAACUAGUGAUACUGGCUCUGCUGUUCGCUGGUUUCAACAGAGAUCAGGGCAGGCCCCUCGCUUUGUGCAGUAUGAGGGUAGCAGCAGGGGAGAAGGGAUCCCGGAUCGAUUCACCGCUUCUCGCUCUGGGAACAUUGGCUAUUUAACCAUCACCAAUGUCCAGGCUGAAGAUGAGGCCGUUUAUUACUGUUGCAGAUGGUAUGACAGUGCUAAAGUGUUCCACAAUGAUACAAACCAAUGGGGAAGUGUGACAAAAACCUUUCCUCCUCCACCAAAGAGCAGUGAGAUGUGA